CAUCCCAAGGAGGGCAAAUUAUUUUCUGCUAUGUGCCCCAGCUGGAAGCCUUGGGGGCUUUCUGCUCCCUCAUUCAGCGAGGAGGAGGAGUCUCGGGGAUCCCUCUAGGGCAGGUUAAAGAGGUCCAGCCUAGCUGAGGUCAGCUCCCUAGGGCCUCCCCAGUCAGUCUCCUGGGGCAAGAGCUGGCUUUGCAAGAAAAGUCUGCGAAGCCUGAUGUGCAGGGUCAACAACCCCAUUUACAGCUCUUCAUGGUAGGGCUUGGAAUAGGGUGAGGAGGAGGGGUGAUGGGGUAAGCCUGGGUCCCCUCAGCGGAUAUUUUCUGGAGAUACUGAGACUAUGCUGGAGGGCUCUGCGACCAAGAGGUUCACUGGGAGCCACGGAGGACUCAGGCACCUAAGCGGGCUCCCAGGGAAAAGCAACAGUGUCCUCCAGAGCCCGAGGCCUCGGCGGCCGAGCCAGGGGAAGGAACCGGUGUCCCCCUCUCCCCGCGCGAGGAGCUCUGGAGCCCCAGGACCAUGGACGCUCUUAACAGGAACCAGGGAGGCCCUGGAUGCAAGACCCAAGCAAUGGUAAAGAAAGGGCCCUUGGACCUGAUCGAGACAGGCAAAGGGCUGAAAGUGCAAACGGACAAACCACAUCUGGUGAGCCUGGGCAGUGGGCGGCUCAGCACGGCUAUCACCCUUCUGCCUCUGGAGGAAGGGAAGACAGUGAUUGGCUCCGCGGCCAGGGACAUCUCACUGCAGGGUCCGGGCCUGGCUCCAGAGCACUGCUACAUCGAGAACGUGCGGGGCACCCUCACCCUCUACCCUUGUGGCAACGUCUGCAGUAUCGAUGGGCUCCCUGCCCGGCAGCCCACCCGGCUCACUCAAGGCUGUAUGUUGUGCCUGGGCCAGUCCACCUUCCUCCGCUUUAACCACCCAGCCGAAGCCAAGUGGAUGAAGAGCAUGAUUCCGGCCGGGGGCCGGGCCCCAGGGCCCCCCUACAGUCCUGGCUCAGCAGGGUCAGAAAGCCUGGUGAAUGGCAACCACAGCCCACAGCCGGCAACCCGGGGACCCUCCGCCUGUGCCAGCCACAGUUCCCUGGUGAGCUCUAUUGAGAAGGACCUGCAGGAAAUCAUGGAUUCACUGGUGCUAGAGGAGCCUGGAGCUGCAGGCAAAAAGCCUGCCGCGACUUCCCCACUGUCGCCCAUGGCUAAUGGGGGGCGCUACUUGCUGUCCCCCCCAACCAGCCCUGGCGCCAUGUCUGUGGGCUCCAGCUAUGAGAACACGUCUCCAGCCUUCUCUCCACUCUCCUCACCAGCUAGCAGCGGAAGCUGUGCCAGCCACUCACCCAGCGGGCAGGAGCCAGCGCCUUCCAUGCCCCCGCUGGUACCUGCCCGUUCCUCUAGCUACCAUCUGGCCCUGCAGCCCCCACAGUCCCGACCGAGCGGUGCCCGCGCCUCUGAGAGCCCCCGCUUGGGCAGGAAAGGGGGACACGAGAGGCCUCCCAGUCCUGGCCUCCGAGGUCUGCUGACAGACAGCCCUGCAGCCACUGUCUUGGCGGAGGCCCGCAGAGCCCCCGAGAGCCCCCGGCUGGGUGGACAGCUGCCCGUGGUGGCUAUCAGCCUGAGCGAGUACCCAGCUUCCGGGGCCCGAAGCCAACCCACCAGCAUUCCUGGCAGCCCCAAGUUCCAGCCUCCAGUCCCUGCUCCCCGAAACAAGAUUGGCACACUCCAGGACCGCCCUCCCAGCCCUUUCCGUGAGCUGCCGGGCACCGAGCGGCUGUUGACAACCAGCCCCUCACGCCAGCUGGUGGGCCGAACAUUUUCCGAUGGGCCAGCCGCCCGCACCCUGCAGCCUCCCGAGAGUCCCCGCCUGGGCCGGCGGGGCCUGGACAGCAUGCGAGAACUCCCUCCGCUGAGCCCGGCUCUGUCCCGACGGGCGCUGUCCCCCAUGCCCACCAGGACUGCUCCAGAUCCCAAGCUCACCAGAGAAGUGGCAGAGAGUCCCCGGCCCCGGCGCUGGGCCGCCCAUGGGGCCUCACCAGAGGACUUCUCACUGACCCUGGGGGCUCGGGGCCGGAGGACACGGAGCCCCUCACCCACGCUUGGGGAGUCCCUGGCACCCCGCAAGGGCAGCUUCAGUGGCAGGCUGAGCCCAGCCUACAGUCUGGGCUCUCUGACUGGGGCUUCGCCCCGCCAGAGCCCCCGCGCCCAGAGGAAGCUGUCCAGUGGGGACUUGCGGGUGCCUGUCACUCGGGAGCGGAAAAAUAGCAUCACGGAGAUCAGUGACAAUGAGGACGACCUCCUGGAGUACCACCGGCGGCAGCGCCAAGAACGGCUCUGGGAGCAGGAGAUGGAGAGGCUGGAACGCCAGCGCCUGGAGACCAUCCUGAACCUGUGUGCUGAGUACAGCCGGGCCGACGGGGGGCCCGAGGCCGGGGAGCUGCCCAGCAUUGGGGAGGCCGCGGCGGCGUUGGCACUGGCAGCCCGGAGGCCCUCACGGGGCCUUUCAGGGGCCACGGGGGCCUCUGGGCGGAGCGCUGAGGAGCCUGGGGGUGCCCCCCAGCGCCUGUGGGAGUGUGUGGAACGCUCCGACGAGGAGAACCUCAAGGAGGAGUGCAGCAGCACCGAGAGCACGCAGCAGGAGCAUGAAGAUGCACCUGGCGCCAAGCUCCAGGCCGAGGCGCUGGCCCUGGAGGAGGAGCGGGCUCAGGUGCUGGGGCGCGUGGAGCAGCUCAAGGUCCGCGUGAAGGAGCUGGAACAGCAGCUGCAGGAGUCGGCCCGGGAGGCUGAAAUGGAGCGGGCGUUGCUGCAGGGGGAGAGGGAGGCAGAGCGGGUGCUGCUGCAGAAGGAGCAGAAGGCAAUGGACCAGCUGCAGGAGAAGUUGGUGACCUUGGAGACCGGCAUCCAGAAGGAGAGGGACAAGGAGAGGGCGGAGCUGGCCGCGGGACGGAGGCACCUGGAGGCCCGCCAGGCGCUCUACGCCGAGCUCCAGACGCAGCUCGAUAACUGCCCCGAGUCAGUGCGGGAACAGUUACAGGAGCAGCUGAGAAGGGAGGCCGAGGCCCUGGAGACGGAGACAAAGCUGUUUGAGGACUUGGAGUUCCAGCAGCUGGAGCGGGAGAGCCGCGUGGAGGAGGAGCGGGAGCUGGCCGGCCAGGGGCUGCUCCGGAGCCAGGCCGAGCUGCUUCGCAGCAUCACCAAGAGGAAGGAGCGCCUGGCAAUCCUGGACAGCCAGGCGGGGCAGAUCCGGGCCCAGGCAGUGCAAGAGUCGGAGCGCCUGGCAAGGGACAAGAACGCUUCCCUGCAGCUGCUGCAGAAGGAGAAGGAGAGACUGACUGUGCUGGAGGGGAGAUACCACUCACUCACAGGAGGCCGGUCCUUCCCGAAGACCACAUCCACCCUCAAAGAGGCUGAACUGCUCAUCUCCGAGUCCUCAGAGAUGGGGCUGGGAUCUGCAACUCUGGUCCCUUUCCCAGGGUCUUCUGAGCCUGGGGCCUCCUCUGUCCCCCUAACCCCACCUGCUUCCACUCAGCUCAGCCCCAAAGCACAAGAGUACGUGACGCUUGAGCAGCUAAAGGCGAUGUGGGGCGCCUCGCCCGUGCCCACAAACCCUGCGCCAGGCCUGCCUUUCUGGGCCUCUGCCUCCCGGCACCUGGUUCCCACCACCUGCCUUCCUCCCGUGCUGCCCUCUUCCUCCUCCUCCGCUUCUCUCACGCCUUCACCCAAGAUGGAGGAGCUGCUUCUCCCUGCCGUAGACUUAGAGCAGUGGUACCAGGAGCUGAUGGCCGGGCUGGGGACCGGCCCCGCGGCGGCCUCCCCGCGCUCCUCUCCCCCGCCUCUGCCCGCCAAAGCUUCCCGGCAGCUGCAGGUUUACCGCUCCAAGAUGGAUGGUGAGGCCACCAGCCCCCUGCCCCGGACCCGCAGUGGCCCCCUCCCCUCUUCCUCUGGCUCUUCUUCCUCUUCCUCCCAGCUCAGCGUGGCUACCCUGGGCCGGAGCCCCUCCCCGAAGAGUGCUCUACUCGCCCAGAACGGGACAGGCAGCCUCCCUCGCAACCUGGCGGCCACGCUGCAGGACAUCGAGACCAAGCGCCAGCUGGCCCUGCAGCAGAAGGGCGAGUCGCUUCCUGCCGAGCCCCCCCCAGCCGACAACCCAGCAGGGCAGCAGGUGAUCGAGGAGCAGCGGCGGCGCCUGGCCGAGUUGAAGCAGAAGGCUGCCGCCGAGGCGCAGUGUCAGUGGGAUGCCCUGCACGGGGCGGCCCCCUUCCCGCCGGGCCCCUCCGGCUUCCCCCCGCUCAUGCACCACUCCAUCCUGCACCACCUGCCGGCCGGCCGGGAGCGCGGGGAGGACGGCGAACACGCCUACGACACGCUGAGCCUGGAGAGCUCGGACAGCAUGGAGACCAGCAUCUCCAUGGGCGGCAACUCGGCCUGCUCGCCCGACAACAUGUCCAGCGCCAGCGGCCUGGACGUGGGCAAGAUCGAGGAGAUGGAGAAGAUGCUGAAAGAAGCACACGCGGAGAAGAGCCGGCUCAUGGAGUCCAGGGAGCGGGAGAUGGAGCUCCGGCGGCAGGCCCUGGAGGAGGAGCGGAGGCGGCGCGAGCAGGUAGAGCGGAGGCUGCAGAGCGAGAGCGCCAGGAGGCAGCAGCUGGUGGAGAAGGAGGUCAAGAUGCGGGAGAAACAGUUUUCCCAGGCACGACCUCUGACCCGCUACCUGCCAAUCCGGAAGGAGGACUUCGACCUGAAGACCCACAUUGAGUCGUCGGGCCACGGCGUCGAUACCUGCCUGCACGUGGUGCUCAGCAGCAAGGUCUGCCGCGGCUACUUGGUCAAGAUGGGCGGCAAGAUUAAAUCAUGGAAGAAGCGCUGGUUUGUCUUCGACCGGCUCAAGCGCACCCUUUCCUAUUACGUGGACAAGCAUGAGACGAAGCUGAAGGGGGUCAUCUACUUCCAGGCCAUCGAAGAAGUGUACUAUGACCACCUGCGCAGUGCGGCCAAGAAGAGGUUUUUCAGCUUCCCUGUGGUGACUGAGAGCCCGAACCCAGCCCUCACCUUCUGUGUGAAGACCCAUGACCGGCUGUACUACAUGGUGGCGCCGUCCGCAGAGGCCAUGCGCAUCUGGAUGGACGUCAUCGUCACCGGAGCUGAGGGCUACACUCAGUUCAUGAACUGACCACACCACUCCUGGCGUGGGCCUCCCGGACCCUCAGGCCAGCCCGCCUGCUGCGCAGCUCGGCCCCUGGAGAAGAGCCGCAGCCCGGGCUCCAGGCUGCGCAGGAGUGCUCCCAGAGCCCUUGGACAGGCCUUGGUACUGUUCUAAGGAGCGGGUCCUGUGAAUGUCUGAGCUCAGGCCCCCUAAAGAACCAGCCAGCAGAUAAAAAGUGGGGAGGCUCCCGGGAACUCAGAAUUUGCAAUAACCCUUCAGGGUCCUGCCCCAGGCUGCGGAACUGGCAGAGGGGGCCUCAAGCUCUGACCUGGCACCUGCGCUCCCCAGCCUGUGUUUGCCUUCGCAAAGGACAAAUGAUGGUACCAGAAUCUGCCAAAGAUCCCCUCUUGCCUCAGCCCCCCCGUUGCAGGGGCCUUGGGGGCUGAGGAGAGCCACCUCCGGAGUGGGGGAACAGCUCAGGCGGUGUACUUCUCAAACCCCGCUCUCCCGCAUUUUUGUUAUUACUUUAUUCAAGGGCCAGAGACCUCACGUGUCAGCCUUGAGGUCCCAACCCCAUACCCAUGGCUCUGUGGCUUCGCCCAUGCUUCAACCGUGGGCCCAUCUGAGGGUACGUACCGACAUCUCUCCAGCUGGGGGGGAAGGGACCAAACCCCCCCUCCAGCCCCCAGUCCAGCCCUCUCCCUUCCACUCGUGCCUUGCUUAGAGCCAGAAGGGACGAAGCUCGGACAUCCAGAGACUGGAGGAGGAGGGAAGCGGCAGGGAGAGGUGGCUAGACGGGUUCUGUACAGGCUGAGUGUCUAACGGGUGGAGGGCUGCUCAGACGCCCCCGGGGGGAACCUGAGCAGGAGAGGAGGCAGCAGAGCGAGAGGACCCUGAGGUCUGGCUGCCCUCCCUUCAGCCUCGGAACGGUGACAGAAAUGGGGAGCAGAGGACCAGGCCACCAGCUGUCUGGCCUCGGCCCUUCAUGCCUUAACACUAAGCCCACCUCCCUGCCCACCACUGGGCCAUGGCUACUGGGCCCCGGGCUGGGUGAUUUUCAGUAUUUGUAAGCAUCUCAACGGAACAAUAAAGCAUUUGGAGUAUGUG